AUGUCGGCUAUUAAGGAUUUAAAUCCCAAUGCAGAAAUCGCUCGUGCAGCUCAAGCUUUACAACUCAAUAUUUCUGCUGCAAGAGGUUUACAGGAUGUGCUUAAAAGUAACUUAGGCCCUAGAGGAACAAUGAAAAUGCUUGUUUCUGGUGCAGGUGAUAUCAAAAUUACUAAAGAUGGUAACGUCUUAUUACAUGAAAUGCAAAUUCAACAUCCUACAGCGUCAUUGAUUGCUAAAGUUGCCACAGCUCAGGAUGAUAUUACUGGCGAUGGAACAACAUCAAAUGUAUUGGUUAUAGGUGAAUUGCUAAAACAGGCUGAUCAUUAUGUAUCCGAGGGACUACAUCCUAGAAUUAUUGCUGAGGGUUUCGAUUUAGCAAAGAAAAGAGCUUUAGAAGUUCUUGAUGAAGUUAAAGUUCAAAGCGAUAUGGAUCGUGAUGCUCUAAUAAAUGUAGCACGGACAGCUUUGAGAACAAAAUUAGCUGUUGAGAUUGCUGACAAUUUGACGGAGAUUAUUGUAGAUGCCGUCUUAGCUAUACGUAAGCCAGAUCAGCCAAUCGAUCUCCAUAUGGUAGAAGUUAUGUCUAUGCAGCAUCAAACUGGAAUUGACACUAGAUUGGUUCGAGGCUUAGUUUUAGAUCAUGGUUCUCGUCACCCCGAUAUGAAAAAGAAAGUUUCUAAUGCGUAUAUCCUUACGUGCAAUGUAUCAUUGGAAUACGAAAAAAGUGAAGUCAAUUCAGGAUUCUUUUAUAAGAGUGGUGCUGAACGGGAAAAGUUAGUUGCUGCCGAGCGCAAAUUUACUGACGAUAAAGUUCAAAAAGUUAUUGAUUUGAAACGAAAGGUAUGCGAUACACCCGACAAAGAAUUUGUGGUUAUCAAUCAGAAGGGGAUUGAUCCCGUUUCCUUAAAUAUGCUAGCAAAGGAAGGCAUUGUAGCCCUUAGAAGAGCAAAACGUCGCAAUAUGGAGAGGCUAACAUUAGCUUGUGAAGGUACUGCCAUGAAUUCUGUGGAGGAAUUAAGCCCCGAUAUUCUUGGUCAUGCGGGUCUUGUUUAUGAGCAUGUUCUGGGCGAGGAAAAAUUUACCUUUGUUGAAGACUGCAAGCAACCUUAUUCUGUAACCAUUCUAGUUAAAGGACCAAAUAAACACACUAUCACUCAAAUAAAAGAUGCAAUCCAUGACGGAUUGCGUGCUGUUUUGAAUGCAAUUGAAGAUGGUGCUUUAGUACCUGGCGCUGGUGCUUUCGAAAUUGCCGCACAUGAAAAGCUUAUGAAAUAUAAAGACACUGUGAAAGGUCGCGCCAGGCUGGGAGUGCAAGCUUACGCUGACGCAUUGCUUAUCAUACCUAAAGCGUUGGCUCAAAAUUCUGGAUUAGAUGCACAAGACGCUAUCGUUAAAUUACAGGAAGAAUAUCAGACUAAUGGAACAUGUGUAGGACUUGAUUUAGUUUCAGGUGAUGCGAUCAUUCCAGCUGAUUGUGGUAUCUGGGAUAAUUACCGCGUGAAAAGGCAGCUAUUGCACUCUUGUACCGUCAUUGCUAGCAAUCUGCUCCUUGUCGACGAAGUCAUGCGGGCUGGGAUGUCUUCUCUGAAAGGAUAAUAUAGAUUUACAAUUUUACGAUAUCCGAGUAGUGGUUUAAACCUUUUCGAUAUCAUUGAUA